UUUCCCGCCGGGGCCCCCGGUCACGUGACCCGGUCCAGGAGUGCGGUUUUGGCUCCAGGCCGCGCGCUGAGAGAAGAAUCAAUGAGGUCGCGCGGCGUCCAUCAGCCGGGUACCGGCGGGCCGUGAUUGGCUCAGCGUUGCCAUGGAGAUGCAGCGUUGCCGGCGUGUGACCAGGCUGCCCGGCCAUCUUUUGUGUGUCGGAUUGUGUGGAAUCGCUGAGUGGAAGGGGAGCGGAGGAGCGGAAAAUCAGAGAACAAUUCAAACCAUGCCCUUUCGGGCCGUAAUAAAACAUCAAACAGAAGAGGACACAGAACAGUAAAGACAUCCCACCAAGUGGGCCAUUACACACAGGCAUGAAGUAGUUCUAAUGAUGAAACAGUAUAGUGACACGGCAAUACAAGGGGAGCAAAAGUAUUGGUAGAUACCUGAACAGAACCCCAAGCCAUGGUGAAGAUUUUUGUAGGUGGUGUAUCACCAUCUGCUUCCCCUGAAGAACUAAAGAAGCUCUUUGAGAGGUACGGCCAAGUAAAUGAGUGUGAUAUCCUCAAAAAUUAUGCCUUUGUUCAUAUGGAACGCGAGCAAGAUGCCCAUCGUGCUAUUGGUGAGCUGCAUAAACAAGAAUUUUAUGGUUCCCAUCUAACUGUGGAAUAUGCUACAUCAAAGAUACGUAAUGCUACCAAAAUAUAUGUGGGCAAUGUGUCUAGCAGAGCGACGACCUCCCAAGUAAAAGAGCUGUUUGAAAAAUUUGGCAAAGUGGUAGAGUGUGACAUUGUGAAAAAUUAUGCCUUCGUGCACAUGGCCAAAGAGAGGGAAGCCAUGGAUGCCAUCUUGCACCUUAAUGACACUCCACUAGAAGACCAGAAGAUCUUCGUCACCCUGUCUAAGAGCAAUAAUGCUCCAAAGAACUCCAAGCUAUCUUCUGCAACUGUGGUGGCAGCAUCAACGGCACCUCCCCCACCUCCUCCUCCACCACCCCCCGCUUAUUAUUUCCAUCGUGGACGCAUACCACCCCCAGCUCCUUUUUCACCGUUUCCGCCUCGUUCAUGGUAUGAGAGGGAAUACUAUGAGAGGUAUGCUUAUGACUUCUAUGACAGAAGUGGGCUUAGUGCUCGUGCUACAUAUGACAGAGCCCUCACUCCAGCAGCUGUGGUGGCUGCGGCGGCUGCAACUCUUCCCGCUACCCCUGUAGCAGCUGCUGCUCCUCCAGCACCACCAUCCAUUAAUGCAGCCUUGGCUCCUGCAGCAUACAGGGACAGAAGUCCUGUAGGGCGAAGAACAGCAGCAGCGGCAGCAGUCAUGGCACAAUAUGCAGAUCCGUAUGGUGCAUCUCAAGCCUACAGCCAGAGUUACAGCCAAGCCUAUGCAUCUGCAUUCUCUCAGUAUAGCUUGGGAGCAGCAGGUUACAGUCCCGCUGAGUACUACGAGAAAUAUGCUAACGGGUAUGCAGGCCAGUACAGCCAAACUUACUAAGCCUCACCAAUCCACCGUCACCUCUUUUCCCAGUCAGCUUCUUCCUUUACCCUCUACAGAGUUUGCAAAGGGAGAUGAGAGAAGUACAUAACAGUUACCUGACUAUUGCGAUAUAGUCCUCUGUCUAAUCACGAGAAAGGGAUGCAGCUUAUGGGAAAAAAUGGUUAUUAGGUAUUAAAAUUAUAGCACGUUUCUCCAGAAUAAGGACUUAUCUUUAACAAAUAAUUAUGAAAGGGUAGUGAUAUAUAUAUAUAUAUAUAUAUAUAUAUAUAUAUAAUGUGUGUAUGUAUACAUAAUGUUGUGUGUCUUUAUAUAACAAGCAUAGAAAGGAUUAGGCACCAUGGCACAUGGGAAAUACUACAUAGGUAUUAUAUAUGAUUUACUAAGCUUGGUACUAACCUGGGCUAAAUAACAUAUGUUAAUUUGGGAAGAAUUUUACUACAUCUGGGCUAGACUACCUGAGAUCCAUAUAAAGAGUAUGCUGGUAGGCUGCUCAUAAAUAAUAACUUAGCAUAGACUAUUUCAGAUUGUACGAAGCUAAAAUUAGCACAUAAUAAAAUUUAGGCUUAUUUUUAUAUAAGACGCUAGGAAUGUACAAAAACAUUUUGAACAUCCAUCCUGGAUACAGCUAGGAGGCUUGCAUAUACAGAGAGUAAAGACAGAUUAGUUUGCUAGUUCUGUGCAGAUGACAGGAAUGGAAUGAUAUAAUGCAAUUUAGGCCUGGCUUUACAAUGCAUUUGGCCAAAUGGCCAACACAUAAUAUAAAUAUGUGAUGUGAAAAUGAUGAGGUUUUUAUUUAUCCAGUUCAUGGUAUAAGCCUAGAAGUAUUAAGUACAGUUGAGUGACUGUACAAUAAGAUUCGCAGAACCCAAGUCUAAUGAAUUGGCUGUUAAUUCACUUAAAUGGUCACUGUCAUAAAAAAAAACAAAAAAAAAAAUUUUGAUAUGUCUUAGAGAUGUAUUAAAAAAAUCUUGAUUGGUCAGAGUCUAAUUCCUAGAUAGAGUUUAGGAAAAUGCCGCUAAGCAUGUUCUCUCCUGGAUCUAAACCAUGUGACCGUGGGGACCAUUUCUGUCAUAUAUAGAACGGGGAGAGAAGCAGUCAAGUGCGCCCUUCUUUCCCCACUUGUUUUAGAGUUGGUCAAACCCUGACUGAUCAAAAAAAAAAUUUUUAAAGUAUUUAUUUAAGUUCAGCAAUUUAAUUAACAAACACCACCCAC